ACGAAAUUCGAAGCAGGAUUGAAGAGCCAUGCGCAAACAUCAUCAUUGAAUCUGUGAAGGCCCUUAAGGAAUCAUCAUUGAUAUUCCAACACAUGGCAAAGCCAGCAAUGCCGAAUCUCCAUGUGGCGAAUGCCAAAAAUGCUUCUGAAUCUCUCAAAUCGGUUCUGAGAACAAAUCCGUGGGAAGGAGCUGAUCAUCUGCAGAUAAUACCGGCGGCUACAGUGGCAUCACUUCUAAUUGAUGUAGUUUUCCGUGUGGAGAAAAUUUGUGAAGCUGUUGAAGAACUUGCAAAUCUUGCAAAGUUUGAACCCUCAGAGUUACUCCACCGAGGAACAGUGCAACCUAUUUCUGAUAGUGAUGGUGCGGUUCAUGUCAUCACCAUUGCUGAAUGACAGUGGUCACAAUGAUUGAGAAGAAAGACCUGCUAACGAAAUCGGUCAAAGUUGUAAACAGAUAUAAUAAACAGAUGAUGUUUUUAG